AAUUCCAUAAAUUACGCAUGCGCGCCGCCGAAAAAGAGAUUGAGAGUUAAGGAUAGCAGUACCUGCUCAAUAGAAUCAUACCCAGACAUUAAACCUUUGGAUGUAUUACCUCAGAGUGACUAUGAUGGUAUUUUUCUGCAGGGUUUAUUACCCGAAAUGAAAGCAAUGGAUUUUAAGCAGAAAAUUCUAUUUAAAAGACGUAUUUAUGAAGUACUAGGUGAAAUUUUUGAUACUUCCACCUCAAGCAACACCAUCUCAGCUACUUCUCCUGCACAUGCUUCAAAUAGAAAUCAAAAUCUUACCUCAACAACUGCAUUUUCUCCAAGUGCUUUAACUGUUGUACAUGCUUCCGAUUUAAAUAUGUUACGACGUUUGCGUAAUCUUCUUCAAGAUUCGAAUGAGGUACCGUCUUCUACGCCGGCUCGUCAGGAUGGGAUCUCAUCGACAGUGCAUGCUGUUCCGGCGAUGCCUUCUAAUAUUCUUCAUAUACCUGCAACGAAAAUCGGUGCCACUACAAGAUCCUCAGCCAAUCUCAUGCGUGUGCGUCUGAACAAUAAUAAUACAAUAUCGUCUAAUCAAACUGUAAAGCAAGAACCUUAUCCUAAUGAAGAUCAGAGUAGCGAUUGACUUUUUUUUUUUAAAGUUAAAUCGAACUUAAAUUAUCGUUAGUAAUAUUUUUUUCGUAGCGUGUU